CAUUCAAGCACUGACGCUUCUGAAUGGAUCCAACUGGCCUUUGGAACAGCCUUUUUGGUGCUGAUUCUAAAAGAGAGAAGCCUCAUAUCAAACAUGACAUGUCCAGCAUUAAAAACACAUGUCAAAUGCAACUCGAGGCUCAAGAUGCUGCUAUUCAUGUCAACUCUAAAACUAAAACAAACGCAGAGCUUAAUGCAAUGCCAAGUCCACAACUAUCGCCUCGACUUGUUCGACAGUUUGCUUCAGUAACAACCUCUGUUAUUCCAUCAACUGCUGCAUCUUCACUUUCAGCAUUGCAGAAACCUCAUUAUGACUCUAGUAUGCUUUUUGGCCAAAAUGGACGGCCAAGUAUCCGUACAUUCAUUCGAGAAACACGAAGCAUUGCCGAGUGCAUUGGCGUUCUCAAUAGCAACACACCUACAUUGAGGUUUGAUCCUGGAACAUCUGUGUCGGAUCUCAUUGAUCAAAUGAAUCAUGUCUUUAAACGUCAGUACACAAUCAACAAUAUGCAGCAUGCUUUAGGCUCACGAAACUAUCUAUUGAAUCUAUUCAAUUUUGCAAAAAACGUGCAACUACAGUCAAUCAUUAGCAAAGGUAGACAGGAAAUCGGUGUAUUGACACAAACCAUUGCAGACCUUCAAUUGGAACUGCAGUCGCUUAACUUGAAUAUUGAACAGCAAAGGCAAGAGUCUUUAAGUAUCCGGCGCGAACUGAAACGAACGCAGAUUGUUUUAGGAGAGGCCAUCACCAAGCACAAAUACGAGCUUGCACAACAUCGUACAAUGAUUGAGGCUCAAAACAAGAUUCUGUAUAACCUAGUGCGCCAACGAGCUCGACAGGAUAUCCUAAUGGAUUGCGUUAUAGCUAUAUUGGCUCUGGUAAUCUCUCAAACACCUGUUAUCCGCGGAUCCAUUAGAGGAUUGACUCAUUCGGUAAUGCAGCCAUCGAUUCGUCGAACACGCACUCGGCAAUUUUCUCAAGUCAUUAUCUAUGUUGUAUUGGUUCUGCAGCUUCGAUCAUGGGUAUCCACUAUUGGUCUCCAUAGCAGUACAAAUAGCUUAUGGAAAUCUGUCUCGGCAUUGAUGUGGCCUGAAUGCAUGACUCCGAAAGAAAUGCUACAAAUGACAUCGUUGAUGGAUUCAGCUGAGAUGGGGUCUUUAGAUGCAUCACUUUUACUUUCCAUUCCAACCUCUCCUCUGCCCAUCUCUUGCCAGCCUGCCAAAAGUGUUUAUUGAUUUAUAUACAAGCUUCAACUGUAUUCGUACCAUCUUUAUUUUAUUACAAUAAACUAUUUAAAAACCUGA